AUGUCUGCGGCGGCAAGUAAAAAAACGAGCAGAGAGGAGCUGACAGAAGCGCCGCUGGACGGACAAAAGGCGCCUCCCGCUUCCCUGCCGCCGCGGCCGCGCCACACCUUUAGCCUGCGGACGGUCGAGAAGCUGUACCAGCGGCACUUGGAGAGCACUGGGACGCACGUGCGCCCGGAGCAAAUCCCCACUUUUGUCGAGGACGUGCGCCGCGGGCUUGCGCGCGUGGCGGAGGUCCUGGAGUACCGCCUCCAGUGUCCCGCGGCAUCCUGCAACGGGGGAAAGGACCGCCUCCCGCUGUCGAGGUUUGAGCGCGUCCGCAUGAGGCAAAUAUUGGCGGACGUCGUGCUUGACAUCGCCAUCAUCUCCAUCGUGGGCAGCGGCGAGACACAUGACUCGGCGGCGGGCGCGGGCAUGACAGUGUCGCUCGCAACGUCGCACGGGGGUGUAGCGACUCCGCUCUCCUUCAACACGGAGGAGUUUUUUGAGGACCGCAAAAUCCAGGAGCAGGAGUCGGGCCUGCACGCCGCCCAUUUUGAAGGGACGCUGGAGCUGCCGGAAAUGCCUCCGCUGUUAAUUGCCGGCGUCAGUGGCGCUGCCUCCGGCAGGGAGCUGCCGCCACACGGACUGGCGCUGCAACCCUGCGCGUCCGCAAAAAAUAGCUGCAGCGGCGCAAGGCAAGUGUCCCCGGUGGCUGAGCGGCUGCACUACUCGCCACAGUGGCUGCAGCAAAGCAACGCCUUCACACACGUUGAGAGUCACGGAAACAGCAGCAACAGCAAGCCCACACAGGCCACUUUUUCGUCCCAGGGGGCGCCAUCUUGUCCAUGCCCCCUCUCGCACGCCGAAUCCCCCCUCUCUCCCAUUUCACUAAAGUUCAAGCCAGUGUUGUCGAUGCACUCCGCAGAUGAUGCCCUCUACACAUUUCCACAGCCCCGCCCACGGCCUCGAAAGCAGUACGACAUUGACUUGAUGAAGGUCAAAGAAUUCACCCGCUGCCUCGGUAGAGUGCAGGAGCUGAACCUCACGGAUAGCGAGUUUGAGAUGCUGGGCUUACGAUACGCCAUUCCUGGUAUACGGGAGUUGGACCCCAGCGAGGCGCAAUUUCUGGCGUGCGUGGGUGCCCGCUGCCAUCCCACUGGAGUCUCUCCACCUCGCUCUGGCGACGACGUCUUCGUCGUCAGGCGCACCCUCUCAGUGAAAAGCACCGGGGGCACUACAGAAACGGGCCUUCAUAGCACAGCCUCUUCGAGCAGUGGAGGCUCCUCCCGUCUGGCCUGCGCCUCCUCAUCGUCCAGAGCCGCUGACGCACAGCUCCCUCUCCAGGAGAAGGUUGCGGCGCCACUCGGGUCUCGGUUCCACGGGACUGCAAAGAAACAUGUUACAGGAAGUGGUGCGGCAAAGUGCGGCACGGCAGAUGCCUCGCCGCAUUCCUUGGGCACGGGACAGUGCCUGCCGCUCUUCCCUGGUGGGAAGGAGGUCAUUCUAGAAAAGAAGGACCUGCACCUCUUCCUCGCCUUGGUGGACGCCCGUUUAAAGUCCGUCGACCAAGAGGUCGACGGGCGGUUAAGCGUUUUUCUGACUGAUGUGGCAUAUAGCAGCGGUGACGAAGACACAACCUUCACUGCCUGA